CUCUUUUUCCUGUAUGGCCUUUCCAGAGUCUUCUCAACCUGAAGAUGGCAACUCUGAUCUUUAUUGAUCAGGAGAAUGAUGAAGUUGGCACUACUAAGAAUCGGCUAAGACUCCCUUCAGGAUCUUCAAAAAUCUUAUCUGAAAGAACGCAAGUUAAGACUCCACUUCCCAAAAAAACAGUCAGUACAUCUCCAGCUGCACCUCGCUCUGUCAGGAAGGCUCUUGGAAAUGUGAAUAGAACUCAAGGAGUCACAAGCAAGUUGGAAAAGAUAAGACAGAAAAGUCAGCAUUGUGCUGCAAACAAAAAGACUGCAGGUUUAGAAAGCUGUGAUGCAGUGGCUGAAGAACAGUGGCCAGAAAUAGAAAAUAUGUUUCCUUUUGAUCCUCGAGAUUUUGAGAGUUUUGACCUUCCUGAAGAGCACAAACUAAGCAAUAUCAACCUGCAUGGUGUUCCCCUCAUGGUAUUUGAAAGGACAUAUGAAAGAUGUGUGAACAUGGUUCCUUCACCUGUGAAGAUUGAGGAGGUUUCAUGGGAGUCUAACUUGCUGCAAUCAACUGCCGACUUCCUUGAUACCCUGGAUGAGAUCAUUGACAUGCCACCUCCGAAUUAUGACAUUUAAUCCAUAUUCUGAAGCUUCUAUUGAGUUCAAAUUUCAUAGUUCUGUAUUUUUAAAUAAAAGUUAAUCUAACCUGUAUAAUACUAGAUUUGUCUCUUUUAAAGAGACCCAAGAUGUAGAUAGUACAGCAGUGCUUUGAAAAAGAAGACCUAAAGCAGAGCAGGUGAGCUUCAAAGCAAGAGUACGAUACACUGUUGUCCUCUGUAUCUGGAAGUUAGUAUGUGCUGAUUAGACUACAUGGUCAUGAUAGGUUGAGGCCCUUCUGAACUGUUUAGAUAACUUUAUUAAAUACACAUUAGUUUUAAACAACUGUGUAUCUAGUGUCCAUUAAGUACUAGAGCUGGUACUCUUGUGGCAUUUUUCUCUAUUGAACUCAUUUACUAUUUACAGUGGUGGUUCAAGAUGUGUUGGAUUCUUAUGCAGCUGCAGACCGCUUCUAAUUGUACAUCAUUGUAGUGCUGAUUGCUGGAUACUGUCUGUGCUCUGUGAGGAAACCCUAGCCUUCAAGUUAUAAGCACACAGGUUCAAUAAUAUAUAUUUAUUUUUCUUAUGUUUUAAUGGUCUUAACUCCUGUUUUUCAUUACAUAAAGCAGGUCAAUUGUCAGCCUUCACUUAUCUACUUCUACAGCUGUUGGGCAAUGUUCUGAUCUAGUUGUAUGACAGCAGCCUGAGCUGCCUUCAGCUUUCAGGUCAUGCUUAACAUGGAUUGCAAUGCUGUGCUUGUGUUCUGAUCACAGGCUGAGGUAGAAAGCCUUUCUGUAUUCUAUGAUGCACCUGAGCUCUGAACAGGAGGUAUUGCCAUUACACAGUUGCACUGUGGCACCGUGUAACUGCAAGCAGUAACAAUGGCAAGACCAGCUUUUUAGCUCACAUUUUACAGUAAUGUCUGAAUUAACAAGAAAUACACUUUAAUGCUUGUGAACUAACUAUGAGAUGAUAAAUGCUCUACUGAAGGAAUGGGGUUAAUUUGGUGUAGAUCAGUGCUGCAUCCCACAGUUCUGCUGCUUGGAGGCAUACUGUGGCUGCAACCUGACUGCAUGAAGAUGAGAUGUGAAUCUGUAACCAUAGCCCUUUCAUGCUUUGCUUCUAGGAAGCUUAAUGCAGGCAGUGAAGGAGCCCUUGUGCUUUUCAAUGGGUUGUCUGGUCUGCAGGUGCUGAAAGGAAUGUAUUUGCCCUGCUGUGAUGACAUAAUGAAGGCUCCUUUUAGUUUUGAAAAGGGUAGCUGGCAGAGCACAGCAAACUCAGUUUUACUUUUUCCUACUUAUGGAUGUUUCCUCAAGAUGUUUUGUUCCCUUAAAUGCUUUUUACUCAUUGGGGGGUAGAUGUGCCUUCUUGGAAUUGUCCUGUUGCAACUGCUAACCUUCACUUGGGACUAGAAACUUCCUGUUACUGGAUUAUCAGAUUUAAUGAAGUGAAAAGGUGUUCAUUCUGUUUCUUCAAACUUGGCAGGGUAUUGACUAAAGUGCUAAACUGUACUGAAUUAUACAAUAAAUGGUCUUUGUCUUCA